ACUCACUCUGAGCAAGUCAGAAGCCUUUGACAAGUCAACAGUGCGUUCGCAUGUGCAUCAUGGAUGUUCUAUUGCCUUCCAUGCUUGAGGAUGACCCACAUCUGAUGGCCGAGCCAGCAAUCCGGAUCUUUGAGCAGCCCAGGCCGAGAGGAAUGCGCUUCCGGUACAAGUGUGAGGGUCGCUCGGCUGGCAGCAUCCCUGGUGAGAACAGCACGGACAACAACAGGACCUACCCCAGUCUGCAGAUUCUGAACUACUGCGGCAAGGGCAAAGUGUGUGUUUAUUUGGUGACGAAGAAUGAGCCUUACAGGCCACAUCCUCAUGAUCUGGUGGGAAAGGACUGCAAAGAUGGCUACUACGAGGCUGAGUUCGGGCCGGAUCGCAAAGUAAUCGCUUUCCAGAAUCUGGGUAUCCGGUGUAUGAAGAAGCGGGAGGUCAAAGAUGCCAUUUUACAAAGGAUUAGCAGAGGGAUCAACCCCUUCAAUGUACCACAAGAGCAGCUGCUGCCGACAGAAGAGUAUGACCUGAACGUGGUCCGCUUGUGUAUACAGGUUUUCCUGCAGGAUGACACCAGCCACUACACUCGAGCACUCAACCCUGUUGUCAGCAACCCCAUCUAUGAUAACAGGGCUCCAAACACUGCAGAGCUGAGGAUCUGUCGGGUCAACAGCAACAGUGGCUCUGUUAAGGGAGGAGAUGAGAUCUUCCUGCUUUGUGAUAAAGUGCAAAAAGAUGACAUAGAAGUCCGAUUUUUCUCCUCUGAUGGCUGGGAAGCCAAAGGCUCAUUUUCCCAAGCCGAUGUUCAUCGCCAAGUAGCCAUCGUCUUUAAGACGCCACCUUUCUACAACGCCUCUAUAACGGAGUCAGUCACUGUACACAUGCAGCUACGCCGACCCUCUGAUCUGGAAGUCAGCGAGCCCCUGGACUUCCGAUAUCUUCCCGAUGACAAAGACCCAUACGGCUGUAAUAAGAAAAAGCGCAGUAGAGAGAACUUAAUGAAGAUGUCAGGCUUGUCAGCUGUUCCGUUUUCUGGCCUGCCUGCGAGCAGGCAAAGAGCAGCGUCACAGAAUACCAGCAAUCACAUGCAAGACCUCAACAUGUACCUGAGGCAGCCUCCGCCUUCGAUGCAACACCAACCUGUGUUCAACCAACCCUAUCAAGCAAAUGUUCCAGUCAGCCGUUCCUUGACAAACCCUAACCCGGUUCUCCCAAUGAAUACAGUCCCCAUGAAUCCUUCUAAUGUCAUGACCAGUCAGCCACAGCAUCUCAACCAUGGGUCUGGUUUCCUCUGUGAGAGCAAUGUUCUCACUCAGCUCUCUAUGGGGGACUUGCAGUGCUUGGACACAGUCCCUCAAGUUCCUGUGAUGAGUCAGCAUGAGUCCCACCAGCUCUUCCAAUCGCAGCACCAGGGGGCGGGACCAGCCUUCAAUAACCAGGUCCUAAACCACCUAGGGUGUCAGAACCAGUGCUUCCAAAAUGUGUGGAAUAAUUUUAGUGGGCUCAGUCCAAUUCAGAACACAUUUGAGAGCACUGUUCCUGGGGCAGAAAAGGGGGCAGCAUCUUUCCCACUCUUGGAGGGGAUGGAAAGAAAUGAAUUUCUGAAGGGCCAAGUAGGAAGGGUACCUCAGACUGGGUUCCAAAUGGAACAAAAGCCUCAAAUCUCAGUCAAGCAAGAGUCUAACAUGUCUGUGAUGCCAUUCUCUAGAGAAGCCCAUGCAAACACAUACACCAGCCUGCUUCCCCGUCCCAUGAGCAACGGCACCAACAUGAACGUUUUAAGGCAAGAAGGUGGAUGGAAAACGCACCUUGCUUACCCAAAUUUUAAAGACCCUUACCCUACUAACCACAUGACCUCUGAGACUCACUUCCCAACUUUGGAUGACUGGGUCAGGGCUGACAGAGUCAUUCAUCAACACAGUGACUACAAGGAAUGACAUCAACAGAAGGUGCUCAGAUCCAAAGAAGUCAUAUCGUCACUCAUUUAGCAUUGACUCCCUGAAAACUGAACUUGAUACUCUACUGAGGAUGCUCCGUGGGCAUUUACUUUGGCAUGGAGUGUAUCAUGGAUUACAUCUGUGGGAGAACACAAUAAUUGGCAGUUCCACACCCAUAACCAGAGUAAGGAGUUAUGGCAUGGCAGUUGGUAAUGGUGAUCGUUACAUGGUACAGCACUCGUUUUCACCCAAUAAUUAGUAUUCCUAUUGCAUUUUAAGUCAUUUCAGACAGGAAAUACCGUACUACGGCUCCAGUGCCCCUUUUUUCUUGCUGUUAUAUAGAAAUUGAGAGAGAGUCCGAUUUUCUUACUCGUAAACUAGAUAUGAGUUUGUGAUGGAGACUGAAAAUUAGAGGAGUCUAUAUGAAUGGGUUACUCAUGUUGUGGUGGUACACUCACCCGACUUGGGUGGAGGUAGCGUAGGUUCAGUUCCCACUCAGAGACGGUGUGGAGGCUUGUCUGUCUCUAUGUGUUCACUGUGAUUGACUGGUGACCAGUCCAGGGUGUAGUCGCCCAAAGUGACCCGGGAUGGGCUCCAGCUCAGUAGACAAUGGACGGACGGAUAGAUAUAUGAAUACACAAACAUACUCAAGUCCUGUUUUUCCCCCUUGUAAUGUUUCAUUCCUCGAGUGCAAAUGUAUCACUAUUUCAUUGGAGGUUUAAUUAUUGAGGAAAAGGUGGGGGGUUUUCAAGUUACUGUGGACUUUUUAUUGCGCUGUAAAAGAAUGUCACAUAUUGCUCAUGUGCAUUUAGAUUUUUGUCUAUAUUUUCUUUGGAGCAACAUUAUUAUUUUUUGUCAUUUUAGCCAUAGUUCAGUGAUUGCUGCAUGGCUCAUGAAUUGACAAGGUACUAAAAUUUCCAAUGAGGAAGUUGGAGGUAGCACACAGAGUUGUGACUUUCCUCAGUAAUGACUAUGUCACACCAGUGAUCACAUUUGUUCUUCUCAGAGAGUCAAACACAUGUUUGACUGAUAGAAAUGUAAAUAUUUUGUUGUUUUUGUCAUUCAGCUCAGGCUUCUUCUUAAAUAUUGUUGAUAGGACACAUGGCUAAUUAAGGACAAACACUUGAUCUUGCACAGAGUUGCUUUACCACCUUGAGCCUAGCUCAUUAUGUUUUAUACUUUUACUAAGAAUUGUUGACUAUGAUAUUCUGGGGGUUUGUUUGGAUGGUUUUGCUGCAGGAUCAGUUUUUAAUAAACAAUGUUAUUCAA